UAAAAGCCCAGUCAUAAUCAAAACCCUAUUCCUCGAAACCCUAAAUCGUAUUCCCCUCUCUUACGCACCCUCCUCCUCUGGUGCGCUCUCUCAUAGAUCGCCGAAAAUGCCGUUCAAGAGGUUCGUAGAGAUCGGAAGGGUGGCUCUUGUUAACUACGGCAAGGACUAUGGGAAGCUUGUCGUUAUCGUUGACGUCAUCGAUCAGAAUCGGGCUCUUGUUGAUGCCCCAGACAUGGUGCGGAGCCAAAUGAAUUUUAAGAGGCUGCAACUUACCGACAUCAAGAUUGACAUCAAAAGGGUUCCAAAGAAGAAGACUCUUAUUGCUGCAAUGGAGGCUGCUGAUGUGAAAAACAAGUGGGAAAACAGUUCAUGGGGAAGGAAGCUGAUUGUGCAGAAGAGAAGGGCCUCACUGAACGAUUUUGAUAGGUUCAAGCUAAUGUUGGCUAAAAUCAAGAAAGCUGGUGUUGUUAGGCAGGAGCUUGCAAAGCUUAAAAAGGAGAUCACAGCCUGAGAAAUUUUAAUCUUUUGAUGUUAAGGUUUUCACUUGGUAUUUAAAAAGUUGUUUUGGUUUAUUAUGCAAGAUUUCUUCUACUUAUUGAUGACUUUAUGGGCACAUGAAAAACAGUGUUAUCUUUAAUUGUGGGAUCAAUUCGAAAAUCUUGGUGAUUUUUGUCGAAGGACAACAUGAGCUCAAAUUUUGGUAUAUAUACUGCGUUGUCUGAAUGAGUAUGCUCGUGAAUUCCACGACA